AUGGAAAACAACCUGAGCAUCCUCCUGGCUGGCAGAUCCAAGCCCACCAUAAACGCUCCAACCACCAAUUCAUGGUCCAUCCCCCUCGACCACGUCCAAAUACACCACAUUCUUUCCAUGAUCUGCACAGCCAUCAUCAUCCUCAUCCUACUCAUUCUCAUCUAUUUCAAGCUCCACAGCCCCAUUCAUCAACCACUAGCAACCGAAUCCGAGUGGGCCUUACUCAAAGAACCCUACCCCACACCAAGGGACGAAUGUUUCGUCUUGAGCAAAGAAAACUCUUUCCUGAUGACGGAAAACGAAAUCUUGCGCAGGGAAAAUGAUCGUCUGAGAAAUAGGUUGAAUAACCUGGAAGAAAAGUAUGAGGAUAAUUUCAGGAAGUUGGAGAGCGCUAUUGCGAUUUUGCAGACGGUUGUGCAGGGAGAAAUUUAUGGUGGUGGGGAGAGAGGGAGGAGAGUACAGGAGGGUUCUGGGUCGGUUUGGUGUGUGGAUUGA